AUGAACAACAUUGAGUUCGGCUUGAUGCUGCUUCACAUAAGCGUGGACUAUCAUCACGUGGUUGAUGAUUGUGAGGAAGCAUGGGUUGCGUGGGCGUGGAUCAAGACACUGUACGGCGGAUCUCAGAAGGCUGGGCGCAUCUACUUGAAGCGCCAGCUCUUCAGACGAGGACGUUGCGAUCUGCUUACUGCGCAGUCUGCCCAAGAGUUUCGAGAACGUGGUUCUCAACUUGGAGAUGAGCAGCGCAAACUGCAACUGCGCGACGCUGUCAAUGUGUUGACGAACGAUCAUAUCAAGCGUCAAGGUGCCAAGUCUGCGGCGGUGAAGACUGAAGAAGUGACCAAGGCGUUCAGUACCGAGCGCAAGAAGGACGAAAAUCAAGGUGGAGCUCGACGCGGCGGCAACAAUGCUCGUGGACGCGGAGCCAACAACGUUCAGUGGCGAACCAACAGCAACUACGACGACAACUACGAUCGAGUUGCGUUCGCGGUUUCGCUGGAGGCUGGACUUUCGACGGGCAAGAAUAUGCCAGGGAUGUGGGCAGUCGACAGCGGUGCGACGCAUCACAUCUGCAACGACAAGGCCAAGCUUGCAAUCCUAAAUGAGCGAGAGGAAGGCGAACUAUCAGUGGCUGAUGGCAGCAAGGCUGCGAUCAAGGGUGUGGGAACCAUCAUGGAACGGGUGGUUCUGCCCAAUGUUGACGAACGCGACAUCGAGAUCAAGGACGCGCUGUUCGUACUAAGUAUGAGCAAGAAUCUGCUUUCGGUGCCACAGAUCAAGAAGGGUGGCAAAUUCCAAGUCGUGUUCGAUGGGUCCAAGAUGCAAGUGAAGCGCAAGAAUUCCACACAACUCGUGGCAACAGCGGAUCUUGUCGAUGGACUUUACUGGCUGCGGAAUCCUCAACGAUCGGCAAAUGUAGCAACACGCAAUGGGACUAUCGACUUGCAUGCGCGCAUGGGUCAUGCACCCCUUGAAGUUCUGCGCAAGAUGGUGGCCACCGGCAUGAUCAAGGACGCCAAGGAACCUCUCAACUAG